AAAAUGGUACAUUCUUCCCGUCCCAACAUGUCAACAAGCUUGUCAAGAGGGGAUGCUAAGCAAGCAAAACAACAUUAUGCCCUCAUCAGUGUUCUAAAAUACGAAUAGUUUAUCUGCCAUUUUGCAAAAGGAAUGCUUGUACUGGCUUCUCUCUUCGUGAUGGAUCACUUGUUAAGAUUAAUCUGACAUUAAGUGCACUGCUCGUAACACCGUUUCAAUUUCUGCCGAUCUUAUUGUUGUGUACCGACCGACUGUUUUCUCCGGCACGUCGUCACUGGACAAGGUUGGCGCGGUUGUUGAGGUCUCAUCAUCGGUAGGCAGCUGGGGUUGCGCACCCAUCCAUCUCGAUGAUCAUGCACACUAGAGUUGAUCUUCACGAAGCAGCUUUCUCCGGAAACAUUGGGGUGCUUUGCAUACUUCUAGACAAGGGACAGGAUCCUGACUGUAAGGACGAGCAUGGGCAGACAGCACUGCACAAAGCAGCCAUGAAUGGAAACUUGGAUUGCAUCAAGAUUCUGAUUGGCAAAGGAGCUGAGACGCAUAUCCAAGACCAAGCAGGGUGUACUGCCUUGCACCAUGCAGCAAAAAAUGGACACUUAGUUGUGGUUAAGUGGUUGAUACAAGAGGCUGACGUCAAACUUCUGCCAUGCAGUAAAAAGGAACGCACGCCCAGGGCGUUUGCAAAGAGGAACGGCCACAGGAAGGUGGUGCUGUACUUAGCAGAAAUGGAAAACAAACAAGAUGGCUGUGCAUGGCUUGGAAACUCCUGAAACCGGUGAGACCAAUCCGCAUUAUUGGGUAGCGCGGUACUACAGGGGCUAGUCCGUCCGUCCAGCUGUUGUCAAGAUUUAAUUGUUGAGUCUGGUUGCCAGCUAAGUACAUCUAUCAUUGGUUCACAUUUUAUAGGCCUAUUUAUUCAAAACCAUAGUUUGCAAAUAUGAACUCACAAAUAAAUAUCAUGCCUGGAAUUUCAUCUUUGAAAGGGCAAGGCCAUUUUCAUUUUGCAAAGGGCACUUCCAUCGGAA